ACAGGGUGAGGGAGAGACGGUGAGAGCGAGAGAGCGAGAAGGGAGGCAGAGGAGGCGCGGAGCGGGCGGCGGCGGCGGCGGCCUGAGGAAGAGGAGGAGGAAGAACAGGAGGAGACGCGGCGCCCGGAGCCGGCCGGACCGAGCCGGGGGCGGGCUAGCUCCGAGGGGCGCGGCGGCCGCGGCAGAAGGGGGGGCGCUCUGCGGAUGGCCAGGCCCGGCCCGCGGGGGGGGUGAGGUCCUCGGCCCCCCCGCCCUCCCCCCCGGCCCCCGCCCGCCCCCUCCCCGGCCCGCUCGCCCUCCGGGGCGGUGGGGCAUGGCCUGAGGGUCCCCCGUCUCCGGGGGGGUGGGGGGGUGGGGGGAGGGGGGAGGGGCCGCGGGCGCCGCCGACCGGGACUCAGCAGCCCCGCCAGGCAGCCGCCUGUGAUGCUGCUGUCCCCUGUCGCCCCGUGGCCCCACGAUGACCCACAGCCCCGCGUCAAGCGAGGACGAGGAACGCCACAGUGCCAGCGAGUGUCCCGAGGGGGGCUCAGAGUCCGACAGCUCCCCAGACGGGCCCAGCAGAGGCCCCCGGGGGACCCGGGGCCAGGGCAGCGGGGCACCUGGUAGUCUGGCCUCCACCCGAGGCCUCCAGGGCCGCUCCAUGUCUGUCCCGGACGACGCCCACUUCAGCAUGAUGGUCUUCAGGAUUGGCAUCCCGGACCUGCACCAGACAAAAUGUCUCCGCUUCAACCCUGAUGCCACCAUCUGGACAGCCAAGCAACAGGUGCUCUGCGCCCUGAGCGAGAGCCUGCAGGAUGUGCUCAACUACGGUCUGUUCCAGCCGGCCACCUCCGGCCGCGAUGCCAACUUUCUGGAGGAGGAGCGGCUGCUUCGAGAGUACCCCCAGUCUUUUGAGAAGGGGGUGCCCUACCUGGAGUUCCGAUACAAGACCCGGGUUUACAAACAGACCAACCUGGAUGAGAAGCAGCUGGCUAAAUUGCACACGAAGACGGGGUUGAAGAAGUUCCUGGAAUACGUGCAGCUCGGGACGUCUGACAAGGUGGCAAGGCUGCUGGACAAGGGGCUGGACCCCAAUUAUCACGACUCGGAUUCGGGAGAGACCCCCCUGACGCUGGCAGCCCAGACCGAAGGCUCCGUAGAGGUGAUUCGAACCCUGUGCCUGGGAGGGGCCCACAUCGACUUCCGGGCCCGGGAUGGCAUGACCGCGCUGCACAAGGCCGCGUGUGCCCGUCACUGCCUGGCUCUCACGGCACUCCUGGACCUUGGGGGCUCCCCCAACUACAAGGACCGCCGAGGCCUGACCCCUCUGUUCCAUACGGCUAUGGUGGGGGGCGACCCCCGCUGCUGCGAGCUGCUCCUGUACAACAGGGCCCAGCUGGGCAUAGCUGAUGAGAACGGCUGGCAGGAGAUUCACCAGGCCUGCCAGCGAGGCCACUCUCAGCACCUGGAACACCUGCUCUUCUAUGGGGCUGAGCCGGGAGCCCAGAAUGCCUCGGGGAACACGGCCUUGCACAUCUGCGCCCUCUACAAUAAGGAGACCUGUGCUAGGAUCCUCCUCUAUCGAGGAGCUAACAAGGAUGUGAAGAAUAACAAUGGACAGACCCCCUUCCAGGUGGCUGUGAUCGCUGGGAAUUUUGAACUGGGGGAGCUGAUCCGAAACCAUCGAGAACAGGAUGUGGUGCCCUUCCAGGAGUCCCCCAAGUACGCAGCCCGGCGACGGGGACCCCCAGGCGCAGGGCUGACAGUGCCCCCGGCACUGCUUCGGGCCAACAGUGAUACCAGCAUGGCCCUGCCUGACUGGAUGGUGUUUGCCGCCCCGGGGACCUCGUCCUCUGGGGCCCCCGGCCCUACCUCAGGGCCCCAGGGCCAGUCGCAGCCCUCGGCCCCCAGCACCAAGCUCAGCAGUGGGACCCUCCGAAGUGCCAGCAGCCCCCGGGGUGCCCGGGCCCGCUCCCCAUCCCGCGGGAGGCACCCUGAAGAGGCCAAGAGGCAGCCCCGUGGACGGCCCAGCUCCAGCGGGACGCCCAGGGAAGGGCCGGCAGGGGGCACAGGGGGCUCAGGGGGCCCUGGGGGCUCCCUGGGCAGCCGCGGGAGGCGCAGGAAGCUCUACUCGGCGGUACCCGGACGCUCCUUCAUGGCCGUGAAGUCCUACCAGGCCCAAGCGGAGGGGGAGAUCUCCCUGAGCAAGGGCGAGAAGAUCAAAGUGCUUAGCAUCGGGGAAGGAGGCUUCUGGGAAGGCCAAGUCAAAGGUCGCAUUGGCUGGUUCCCCUCUGACUGCCUGGAAGAGGUGGCAAACCGCUCCCAGGAGGGAAAGCAAGAAAGCCGCAGUGACAAGGCAAAGAGACUCUUCCGGCAUUAUACCGUGGGCUCCUACGACAGCUUUGAUGCCCCAAGAAGCUUGAUGGAUGGGAUUGGCCCAGGGAGCGAUUACAUCAUUAAGGAGAAGACAGUCUUGCUGCAGAAGAAGGACAGUGAGGGCUUUGGGUUCGUGCUCCGGGGGGCCAAGGCGCAGACCCCCAUCGAGGAGUUCACCCCCACCCCGGCCUUCCCGGCGCUGCAGUAUCUGGAGUCCGUGGAUGAGGGUGGCGUGGCAUGGCGAGCUGGACUGCGGAUGGGAGACUUCCUCAUCGAGGUGAACGGGCAGAAUGUGGUGAAGGUCGGCCACCGACAGGUGGUGAACAUGAUCCGCCAAGGGGGCAACACGCUGAUGGUCAAGGUGGUGAUGGUCACCAGGCACCCGGACAUGGAUGAGGCUGUCCAUAAGAAAGCACCCCAGCAGGCUAAGCGGCUCCCGCCCCCAGCCAUCUCUCUUCGUUCCAAGUCCAUGACCUCAGAGCUGGAGGAGAUGGUCUCCCCCUGGAAGAAGAAGAGUGAGUACGAGCAGCAGCCUCCGCCGGUGCCCAGCAUGGAGAAAAAGCGGACCGUGUAUCAGAUGGCUCUCAACAAACUGGAUGAAAUUUUGGCGGCAGCUCAGCAGACCAUCAGUGCAAGCGAGAGUCCUGGACCUGGCGGCCUCGCGUCGCUGGGCAAACACCGGCCCAAAGGCUUCUUUGCCACCGAGUCAAGCUUCGAUCCGCACCACCGCUCCCAGCCAAGUUAUGAACGUCCUUCUUACCUGCCUCCAGGACCCGGGCUUAUGCUCCGGCAAAAAUCUAUCGGGGCUGCAGAAGAUGACAGACCCUACCUGGCACCCCCAGCCAUGAAGUUCAGCCGCAGCCUGUCUGUGCCCGGCUCGGAGGACAUCCCUCCGCCGCCCACCACGUCCCCGCCGGAGCCCCCCUACAGCACACCUCCGGCCCCCUCCUCCUCUGGCCGCCUCACCCCCUCCCCCAGAGGAGGGCCCUUCAACCCCAGUUCGGGUGGCCCCCUCCCCGCCUCUUCCCCCGCGUCCUUCGAUGGGCCCUCCCCCCCCGACACGCGUGUAGGGGGCCGUGAGAAGAGCCUGUACCACAGCGGGCCCCCGCCCCCCGCCCACCACCACCCGCCCCCCCCCCACCACCACCAUCACGCCCCGCCCCCCCCGCCUCACCACCACCACGCCCACCCCCCUCAUCCCCCGGAGAUGGAGACGGGCGGCUCUCCCGACGACCCCCCACCCCGACUGGCCCUGGGGCCCCGGCCCAGCCUGCGCGGCUGGCGGGGUGGCGGGCCCGGCCCCACCCCGGGGGCCCCGCCCCCGUCGCACCACGGCGGCGGGGGCGGGGGCGUCGGCUCCUCCCAGGCCCCGGCCCUGCGCUACUUCCAGCUGGCCCCCCGGGCGGCCAGCGCGGCCAUGUACGUGCCAGCGCGCUCGGGCCGCGGGCGCAAGGGGCCCCUGGUCAAGCAGACCAAGGUCGAAGGCGAGCCCCAGAAGGGCGGCGGCCUCCCGCCCGCCCCCUCGCCCACGUCCCCGGCGUCCCCGCAGCCGCCGCCCGCCGCGGCCGCGCCCUCAGAGAAGAGCUCCAUCCCCAUCCCCACCAUCAUCAUCAAGGCUCCGUCCACCAGUAGCAGCGGCCGAAGCAGCCAGGGCAGCAGCACCGAGGCGGAGCCCCCGACCCAGCCCGAGGCCGCGGGCGGCGGCGGCGGCGGCGGCGGCGGCGGCGGGGGCUCCUCGGCGCCCAGCCCCGCCCCGGCCAUGUCGCCGGUGCCGCCGUCGCCCUCGCCGGUGCCCACCCCCGGCUCGCCCAGCGGCCCGGCCACCCUCGACUUCACCAGCCAGUUCGGAGCGGCCCUGGUGGGCGCGGCGCGGAGGGAAGGCGGCUGGCAGAACGAAGCCCGCCGGCGGUCCACGCUCUUCCUCUCCACCGACGCGGGGGACGAGGACGGCGGCGACGGCGGGCUGGGCCCCGGGGCGCCCCCGGGCCCCCGGCUGCGCCACUCCAAAUCCAUCGACGAGGGCAUGUUCUCGGCCGAGCCCUACCUCCGGCUGGAGUCCGCGGGCGCGGGGAGCGGCGUCGGGUACGGGGGCUACGGGGCCGGGGGCCGAGCCUACGCGGGCAGCGGGGGCAGCAGCGCCUUCACCAGCUUCCUGCCGCCCCGACCCCUGGUCCACCCGCUGACCGGCAAGGCCCUGGACCCAGCCUCCCCGCUCGGGCUGGCCCUGGCCGCCCGGGAGCGGGCGCUGAAGGAGUCCUCGGAGGGCGGCGGGCCCCCCCAGCCCCCUCCAAGGCCCCCAUCGCCCCGCUACGAGGCGCCGCCGCCCACCCCGCACCACCACUCGCCCCACGCCCACCACGAGCCCGUGCUGCGUCUCUGGGGGGCCUCACCGCCGGACCCCGCCCGCCGGGAGCUGGGGUACCGGGCAGGGCUGGGCAGCCAGGAGAAGUCCCUUCCGGCCAGCCCUCCAGCGGCCCGACGCUCCUUGCUGCACCGCUUGCCCCCCACAGCUCCCGGGGUCGGGCCCCUCCUCCUGCAGCUGGGGCCCGAGCCCCCGGCCCCGCACCCCGGGGUGAGCAAGGCGUGGAGGUCGGGGGCCCCCGAGGAGCCGGAACGGCUGCCCCUCCACGUGCGGUUCCUCGAGAACUGCCAGCCCAGAGCCGGCGGCGCGGGCGGAAGGGGGCCCCCCUCGGAGGACGGGCCGGGGGUUCCGCCUCCCAGCCCGCGCCGGUCCGUACCGCCCUCGCCCACCUCCCCGCGGGGCGGCGAAGAGAACGGGCUCCCCCUGCUGGUCCUGCCGCCCCCCGCUCCCUCGGUGGACGUGGAAGACGGCGAAUUCCUCUUUGUGGAACCGCUGCCCCCGCCUCUGGAGUUCUCCAACAGCUUCGAGAAGCCAGAGUCGCCGCUCACACCCGGGCCUCCCCACCCGCUGCCGGACCCCCCCACCCCAACCACCCCGUUGCCCCCCGUGCCGCCGCCCGCCGUGGCCGCCGCGCCUCCCACCCUGGACUCCACGGCGUCCAGCCUGACUUCCUAUGACAGUGAGGUGGCCACACUGACCCAGGGGGCCCCCGUGGCUCCCGGGGACCCCCCUCCGCCAGGCCCGCCGGCCCCGGCCGCCCCUGCUCCCCCGGCCCCACAGCCUGGCCCCGACCCGCCGCCUGGCACGGAUUCUGGUAUCGAGGAGGUGGACAGUCGGAGCAGCAGUGACCACCCGCUGGAGACCAUCAGCAGCGCGUCCACACUGAGCAGCCUUUCUGCCGAAGGCGGUGGCAGCGCCGGAGGCGGCGGCGGCGGCGGCGGCGGGGCCGGUGUGGCCAGUGGGCCGGAGCUCCUGGACACGUAUGUGGCCUACCUGGACGGCCAGGCCUUCGGGGGGAGUGGUGCUCCCGGGCCACCGUACCCCCCGCAGCUCAUGACUCCUUCCAAGCUCCGGGGCCGGGCUCUGGGGACCAGCGGAGGCCUGCGGCCCGGCCCUAGUGGGGGACUCCGGGACCCUGUCACUCCCACCAGCCCCACGGUCUCCGUGACGGGGGCUGGAACGGAUGGGCUGCUGGCCCUGAGCGGUUGCACAGGACCCUCAUCGGCGGGUAUGGCCGGGGGUCCGGUGGCUAUAGAGCCAGAAGGCCCACCGGUGCCCUUGCCAUCAGCCUCCUCUCUGCCUCGGAAGCUGCUGCCCUGGGAGGAGGGCCCGGGCCCACCGCCACCACCCCUGCCCGGGCCCUUGGCCCAGCCUCAGGCCUCAGCCUUGGCCACAGUAAAAGCCAGCAUCAUCAGUGAACUCAGCUCCAAGCUUCAGCAAUUUGGGGGCUCCUCGGCAGCUGGUGGCGCUCUGCCCUGGGCCCGGGGAGGCAGCGGGGGAAGCGGGGACAGCCACCACGGGGGAGCCAGCUACGUCCCCGAGAGGACCUCUUCCCUGCAGCGGCAGAGACUCUCCGAAGACUCCCAGCCCUCGCUCCUCUCCAAACCCGUCAGCAGCCUGUUUCAGAACUGGCCCAAACCACCUCUGCCGCCACUCCCCACGGGAACUGGGGUCUCCCCUUCCGCCGCUGCAGCUCCGGGGGCCACGUCACCCUCAGCCUCCUCCUCCACGUCCACCCGCCACCUCCAGGGCGUGGAGUUCGAGAUGCGGCCGCCUCUGCUCCGCCGGGCCCCCAGCCCCUCACUGCUGCCCGCCUCGGAGCACAAGGUCAGCCCUGCGCCCAGGCCCUCGUCCCUGCCCAUCCUGCCUUCUGGACCCUUGUACCCGGGCCUCUUUGACAUCCGUGGCUCCCCAACCGGAGGGGCAGGAGGCUCCGCUGACCCUUUCGCCCCCGUCUUUGUGCCACCACACCCCGGGAUGUCCGGGGGGCUUGGUGGAGCCUUGUCAGGGGCCUCCCGCUCCCUCUCACCAACCCGCCUGCUUUCGCUGCCCCCGGACAAGCCCUUCGGCGCUAAACCUCUGGGGUUCUGGACCAAGUUCGACGUGGCUGAUUGGCUCGAGUGGCUGGGCUUGGCUGAGCACCGAGCACAGUUCCUGGACCACGAGAUCGAUGGCUCCCAUCUGCCCGCCUUGACCAAGGAAGAUUACGUCGAUCUGGGCGUGACCAGGGUGGGCCACCGCAUGAACAUCGACCGGGCUCUCAAAUUUUUCCUGGAGAGGUGAUGGCUGGCCUGGACGGACCAGCCCGUCCACAGAACCCUUGAGCCUACUGGCCUCUUAACCUCUGACCCCUGACCGUCAUUAUCUCCCCUGGGCCAGGGACUCUGCUAGAACUGCGCCCUGCCCUCGUCUCCCAAGGCCGGAGGUCACCGGUUGGCCAGAUCCCCGGCCAGACAUUUGCACCUCACAGGAGGGGGCAGCUGACACAAGACUGUGUGUGAAGCAGGGAGCAGGGGGGGUGGUGAUGGAGGAAAUCGCAGAGGGGGAUGGAGAAGGAGGGAAGGGUCGGUUCUGGGGAGGGGGAACAGACAGAGCCAUAGGGGGUCAGCCCUGAGCCUGAUUGGAUGGGGUUUGUCCCCCGGCCGCAGGGGAAGGGGGUGCCCUCAGAUUCCACCACCUGCCGCUCCUCUAACAACCCUUCCCCCCCCCUCCAGGCCCCUGGGCUCUCCCCACCCUCCCCCCUCCCCAGCACACACACACAGCAGCCCCCCACCCCGGCCUCUUGCACGCCCCUUUGCACGCCUGCUUGCCUCUCUCUUCUCCCCGGGCUACAAUUUUGCACAAAUUUGCCCUCUCGCUGUCUUGCACACUCCGCCUUCGCUUCCGGCUCGCGAGGCCCUCUCAGCGCUCAAACACCGACCCCCCCCUCCCCCCCCCCGCUUUCCCUAGCCCACAUUGCAUUUCUUCUCUUCUGCCACAUUCCGUACCUUUACUCUCUCAGACUCUUGUCCUUGGUGCCCUCCCGUGCACACCUCACUUCUGAAAAUCUCUAAACCCUUGCUGCAGACACACUUGGGACACCCCUUCCCCCACCCCCUCCCACACUCUGUGCACGCAUACUUAUUCUCCGGAGCACACCUGCCUUUGUUCAGCUUUUGCACACUUGCUGUCCCGUGCACUUUUCCUGACACGCUUCCAUCCAUUCUGUUUAAGCAUUAGCCCCUUCUUGAACCCCCACGUUUCUACUCCACCUGCCUGUCCCUGUUGCAGGGACACUCCCCUGCACCUCCCUGCCCCCCCCCCUUCUCACACUGUCAUUUCUUGCACAUCUCGUACACCUCCCCCCCCCCCCCCCCCGAACUGCUUGUCUUUCAAAUGCUCAUUCCCUUCCUCUUCGCCAGCCAGCCCCCGCCCCCCGCCCCGUUCCCUUGCACCCUUCUUUUCCAGAUCUCUGUCCUGCUUCAUUCUCUUUUGUGCACUUUCUCCCACCCUCACUCUUGCACACAGCCUCUGCAGCUCUCUCACUGCUCUCGCGAAGCCGGGUCCUUCCUCUGACAAUGUUCCUGCACGCCGUGGCUUUGCUGCACACUCAUUCUCGAAUGUCUGCUUGUCCUCGCCGGCUCCUGGGUGACUUUUUCCAUCUCCCCGGGGGAACCCUACCACCUCUCUCCUUCUGCACACGUGUCUCCGUCCACACACUCUGGGGCUGAGCUAUCCCCGCUUUUCCGAGCAUCCUUACUUCUUGUUCCUGUGGAGGAACAGCUCGUGCAGACCUUCUGACCCUGCCUGUUUUCUUCCCUCUCCACACUCCUUUCUCCUUCUGGCCAGAGAAGACCCUAGGCAAGCCCCCUUGUUGCUCACUGUGGCCUCCAUUCUUCCUCUUCUCCCUGCUCCAGUCUGUGACUUCUUGUACACCCUCUCUCGUCUCGCUCUUCCUAGUUCUUCCUGGACCAUCUCUCCAUCCAUUUUGCACGAAGACCCCCCCCCCCCAACCUUUCUUUCUCUCAGAGAAACUCCCUCUCCCUCCAGCAUGGCUGUUCCUUCCUGCACGCUCCCCCACCCCCACUCCCUUUAUUCCUGGGGCUUGGGAACUUUAAGCCACCCCUUCCCCUGAGAAGCCCCCUCUCCUACUGUGGGUAAAGGGGGGAGGGCAUCGCCCUCAGGUCCCCCCCCCCAUGUUCAGCUGCCAAAGAAGGGAGCUCCCCCUCCUUUCCCCAAGCCCAUUCCCCCUCUGCUGCCCCCUACCCCCCCAGGGGGGGGCGCUCCGUCCAUGGGGGGAGGGUGCUUGCAGCCCUCUCCCCUCACCACGUCAGGGAUCUGCGGGGAACCAUGUGGGAGGGUCGUGGGAGGGGGGAGGGAUGGCAAGGAGGGGGGCAGAGGUCGCGCUGGACCCCUACCCGCCCCCUCCCCCUUGUCGGAUGCCCCCCGUCCGCAGGGGGCCUGCGCGGCGCCCGUCUAUCAAGGGCUUGUUCAUUCUGGAUGGGUGCCGCGGGGUUGGGGAGGGUGUAGGGGGUGGGGAGGGGGGGAGGAGAGGUCGGGGUGGGGGGUGGGGAAGGGACUGGAUGGGGCAGCGCGGGGUGGAGAGGAUAAAGCAAAAAGAGGAACAAUAAUGAAAAUACAAAAUACAAAAAAAAAAAAAAAACCCUAGAACACACACACACAACAACAACAACAACAACAAAAAUCCAGAAAAAAAACCUGAAAUAAAAGCCCGAGAAUUGUCUUCCAAGGGGGGUGGGAGAAGAAGAAAGGAGGGGGGAGGAUGAGGACGUCAGGUUCUCGCUGAGACAGGGAUUGGCAUGGGUUGAAAGCCCCCGGCGCCCACCCGGGUCUUCCCUCUCGCGAGCCUCUCAGUUCAUCCCUCAAGGGAUCGGGACCCAGGCGUCCGUUCGCAGGGACUGGGGGAAGAUGAGGGAGGCGGGAUUAUACUACGGGGGUUCAUCCCUACCCCCCCCCCCCAUCACCUCCCUCGCCCUGACUCCCCACCAAGAUUUUGCAGAGAGAAAUGGCUUUUGUACCAGGUCAUUCUUUAUAAUUAAACUCACAGUAUCCACCCCCCUCGAGCCGGCCCCGCCUCCUUCCUGGGGAGGCAACGCCCCCUACCCUCGAGGGUUCCGGGUGGGUAGCCCGAGCCAGCCGGGCGGCGUGCGAGCGCAGCCGGGGCCCGCCCCCCGAGCGUUAGACUUCCGCGGUCGGCUCCGCCCCCAGGGCCUCGAGCAUGCGCCGCCGGACCAGGGAGCGGCGCAGGUGCAGGCGGUAAUCGGCCAGCAGCAGCUCGUCGUGGCGCACCAGCGGGUGCCCGAGCCCGCGGAGGCGGAGGCCGCAGCGCAGCAGACGCGAGCGAGUCUGGAAGUCCGCGACCGUGAUGAGCCACCUGCGAGGGGUGGGGCCAAGAGGACAGGGACGGGGCGGAGACCGAAGGGAAUCGCUGGUGGUCCCUGCCUGGUCCCUGUUCGUUUACCCACUCGGGUUCCUCAUCCCGUCACUCUGUCCCGAAACCCCUCGGCAGCCCUGACCUCUCGCCGAGGUCCACCCGGACUUCGACCCUCGCACGGGUCGUUCUAGGUCCCGUCUUCUCUCAAUCUAAUUCUGUCCCCUGGUCGUCGUCUGUCGAGGCUCCCCGUCUUUUCGAACCGCCGCUCCAGGGCCCGUCCCUUUCUUUGUCCGGUCCCGCCCCCUCAGUGAGUCUCAGGCGCGUCCCCAGAUUUAGGUGUCUCCCGGUCCCGCCCCCAACCCGACCCUCCAGGUCCCUUGCCCACCCGAUCCCUCCUGGCCCCACUCUUCCAAUGUGCUCGGCCCAGGCUCCGCCCCCUCAUAGCCGCCUUCCCAGGCUCCGACCCCACGCUUCGGUUUUAUCCGUCCAGGUCACCACCUGGGUCCCUCGAAGUCCAUUUCCUCACUCCAGAUCCCGCCUGCUCUCUGAUCUCACCUGGCCCUGCCCCCGCCCUGCGCUCACUCUCGGCUCCGCCCCUUCCCGGUUCUCACACUCUGCCCCGUCGUCCCGCACUUUCACCACCAGCCGGACCCAAAUCCGGUGCUUCCACACUCAGUCCGGCUCUCCUUCCCUUCCCGGCCCCGAGUGGGACUCGGCGCCUUGGCUCUGGCUCCGCCCCUCCCUCCACCUCCCUAGGCCACACCCCUCACCUCCUCCACUCCAGGCGGCGCAACCUGCUCCCCGCCGCCAGGCCCUUCCCGGUCGCUCCCAGCCUGGGAUCCGCCACAAACUCACCUGUCCCGGCACCCCGCCGUCCCACAGAUGACGUUCGUAUUUUCAAAACGGAUACUGGUCACGCGCCCGCUCUCCAUGGCUCCGGGUAACUCGGCCUCCAGAGCCUCCAGCACCUCCAGAUGGGUAAAGUCCUCCUCUGGCUGGAGGAGUCAGGAGAGAGCGCCUCAGCAUGUGACGCUCGUGGGCAGCAAGGUUCCGGAAGCCCCCACCUUAGACCCACCUGUAGAAGCUGCCAGAAUCCCAGGUGACAUUUGAGAGGCAAGCUUCACACUCUAUCUCGGGAGCCUAUCGCUCUAGUCAGACCCGGGAGAACAGGUAUCUCUCAGGUAGAAAAGCAUCAACUGUCAUUCUAGGUCAUUCUCCAAAAAUAUCAGUUCUCACCAGGCGGAUUUGCCAGUAGUCAAUGAGCAGUUGGCUUAAAUAAUUCGCCAAUUUGGUCAACUUUACCAAUCUACCAAAAACUUUUCCAGCAACCUGCAUUGGAUGACAGACUUUUAGCGGCUCUUAAAGAUCCCGCAAGGAUUUAAGUUGUACACGUUUCCGUUUAUGUUCCUAUCAGCAUUUUAAGGAAUGUCCGGUUGCAAAAAAUAAUAAUAAUAACAGUAAGGGUCAUAGGGGGUUUGACUUGUCAUUCGGAAACGUAUUGAUCACUAACCACAUUUUUAGCGUGAGAUUACCAUCCAGAAGGUGAUAUCCCAUCAUCAGAACAUAUAAAAUUGCUGAGAAAAUAGGGUGACAUCAUGACAUCGGUCACCUCCAGGAAGGCAAGCUGUGCCAUGUAUGUGAGGAGGAGGCGGGGUCCCCUGUCCAAAGCCACAAAGAAGAGGAGGGAUGGGCUCGGAAUGAGCUCCUAGAACAAGGACAACAAUCUCUGUGUUGGGGUAAAGUCACACAGAUCACCUGAGGGAGUGCGUCUGAGACCAGUGCCUGAAACACGGGAAGCGUCCCAUUAAGGUCAGCUCUUCUCGGGUAACUUUUGAGCGAGAACCUAACAGAUACCUCUGCUGACCGAUGGCAGCGAUUGCCAAAGGAUUUGUACCAGGAAUGACCGGUUCACCGAAUCUGCCCAAGACAUGGGUUUCAUCUUGAGUCUCUGCUGUAUUUGCAAACUUAACAGAAUUGCAUAGGAUCGAUUAGCAGGUCACUGGCCUUCCUUUGUUUUUGUUUUUUUUUUUUUUAAUUUAAAUUUUUAAUGUUUAUUUUUGAGAGAGUGAGAGAGAGGCAGAGCGUGAGCAGGGGAGAAGCAGAGAGAGAGGGAGACACAGAAUCUGAAGCAGGCUCCAGGCUCUGAGCUGUCAGCAUAGAGCCCAACGCGGGGCUCGAACUCACAAACCGUGAGAUCGUGACCUGAGCAGAAGUCGGACACUUAACCAACCGAGUCACCCAGGUGCCCCUGGGACACCUGCCUUUCAGCCUCAGCCCUUCUCUGCCCCUUGUUCUCCCGCUCUCUCUGCCCCUCCCAGGUCAUCAGUGACAAAUGUGACGUCUGACCCUUUGACAAAUUCAUAACCAAUUUUUAGCGACCUGUCCUGUGCCGAGCCCACAGCUGGCCAGCUGCAGAGCCUAGAUUGAAGCCCUGCCCACCUCAUUUCUGAGCCUGCUCCCUUUCUAUCGUCCCACCCAAGCUGUGCAGAGACUGGGGGUCUGGGGUCCCAGGGGCAGGGGGCCACUCACCGAGGUCUCCAUGCACAGACAGAGAGGCUGGGCAGCGGGCGGUGUGGGAAACCUCCGGAGGCAUGGUAGCUCUCGGUCCAGCGCCUCGUAUUCUGCAAUGACCUGACGCAGGUACUGCUUCCUGGGGAGAGAGCGAGCGGGCAGGGACCUCGGCGGUCAGGGAGGGGGCUGUCAUCGCCCCCCAGGGGGGCUGAGAUCAGAAGUCAUGAGACCAGGGGCCACUCACGAGGAUCUGACAGGCCUGCCCAGGCUCCGAGUCUGCGUCUCCUCUAGGGUCUCCAUGUCCACAAGGAGGGCUCCUGGGGAUGGAGACCGGGUGUCAGCCGCCCUGCGCACCCCUCAGACGUUAUUCGGCUUCAGCGGGCUUCCCCGAGUGUUGUCUGUACCAUUCCCGAAUGGCUCUUAUGCCAGUUACCGGGCUAUUUAUUGACUCUCAGCUCCCAACGCCCCACUGCAUCCACUCCGUCCGUGAUCCCGGGGCGGGGACUCUACCAACCCCUGCUCUGCUCCGACUGCUGGGUUCCCGUUAGGCUCUGCCCACAGGGGGCGCUAGAGAGGGGCUGCAAGGCAGGAGGAAGAGGGAGGGAGGGACUCGCCCGGUUUUGCUUCCCAUUCCGCAGCACCCCCAACACCAUUUCAACCCGUGUGUGGUUUUCUCACCGUCUCAGAACCGGCCUCCUGAGGCCAACCAGACCGACAACAGCCGCCGAUCGGCCCUUCUAGACGACCCCUCCCUCGACUAACUGGUCUCUCUUGUGGCCAACCGCUAGUUGUCCCCCAUAAUCCGUUUUCCCCUUCCUCUGCAGUCUUCGGGUUUUCCCCGGCACACAGCCGCCCAACUAGAGACAUCAGUUCCCAGCAUCCCUUGCGGCCGCGUGUGGCCAUGCGAGCGAGUUCUCGCCGACGGUGUUGGGGGAGGGAGGGGUGCAACUUUGGGCUCAUUUGUUGGACUCGCUGCCCCUUCCCUCGGACGGAAGCGUGACCGUGGCGACGAGCCAGCUUCCGCGAGGCUAGAGCAACAAUGCGGCGGGAACCCGGGUCCCCGCGUCAUCUCAUGCGGCUGGGAUGUCCCAGCAAGCCGGACCGCCUGAUCCCCUGUCGCGCUCUCGUCUUAACGCCAUUGCGUUUGGGGGUGUCUCUUUGUUGGGGCAGCCGAACAGAGAGCAGGUCGUGACGCUGAUCACGCUCCUGCCGGCCAUAAACAAUUUCACGGAGCACCAACGUCAGCCGAGGCCUCUCUGUGACCAGGGCGGGCCGAGAUAAAAAUAAGGCCACUCCGGAGCCUCGUCUCAACACGACAGAACAUGAACACCGCCCGAACCACAAAAUGACCAAAGUGCCUCCGCUUGGUUUAGAGCUGAUGCUGCUUCGUUCCCGCCCACGGUGUUAGCGCGGUUCAUUCCUCCUGCGUCACAGACUUGCCUCCACUUCCUGCCAGCAUCCCAAGCCUGCUCCCCCGAGGGCUCCCAAAGUCACCUAACCUAACAGCCCCUCCUAGGGCAUUCCGUGUGUUAGGGACUCCCUCGGUACAAGCCAAUAAACUCAGUGGUGUGCUGGUAAAUGUUUAAUUAA